AUGGGUUUAAGAGCCCCACGAGCAGAAGAUCCCUCUUUCCCGCACGGCUCUCCCCCUACUCUCAUCCAUGCCAAUUCAGCCAUGGAUGUGACCAGCCCGCCCGAUCGGUGCCAUGACAACCAGGCAAAGACCAGUGCCUUCGACUUUGUUCUGGCGCUGCAGGCGUUCCUAUGCCAGAACCGUAUUGAUUCCGUUGGGCCCUUUCGAAUGCGGGUGAAACCAACCAGCAGCAACAAUUGGGCCCUUCUGGUGGAGGGGGAAGCCAGUGUAAUGGACCACAAUGUACUCGACCAACUCAACCUGGGAUUCCCAUGGCCUCCAAGCCCGCCAGAGCUCGACGGGGUUGAAUUGGCAGAAGCCUCGAGCAGUGUAGCCUCCAGUGGGACAUCGUUUCCGGAGUACAUGGCCAUGGACGGUAGCUGCUUGGGAGACCCAGGGUUGACCCGGUUCUUUAAUCCUACAGUCGUCCCGAACUUGGCAUCUGGGCUUCAUCACAUGGAGUCAGAUGAAGCAGGCUUAGCUAUGCAACCCACUGCAGUGGAUGUACAAAGCCUAUCCCCCGAGUCAUUGCAACUGCAGGUCAAGCCCACAGCGACUGCAGGACGAACAAGCCAUAUGCCGCGUCGAAACUUACCUUCACCCACCCCGACCCACCGCAGAGUCCGUACAACAAGAGACGGCAGACACAAGCAAAGUAUGAGGUUGAACUCCGCCGAUACCGAAGCCGAUCUGAUAGUCCGAUAUCUGUCGCAGCACGUAAUCAGUGAAGACUACUACGCGCUUCUGGGUUCGAAUCUUCCUCGCUGGACCACACAAGGGAUAUGGAACGAGCACGGGACACGGCCAGAUGCAUCCUCGCAGUCACCGUACGUGAAGCUCGAACAGGCCUAUCGAGUGGUCUGCCAGAUCAACUCGCGCAUGAGUGACGAUCUGGUCCGAGACCGCAUGGGCCUGAUCCGACUGCAUCUCGAAUACAUCGAGACACACCGCGCGCAUCGGGGCCGCCAUGCAUCUGGCGCCAAUACUGGCAGCACCCGGCCUCCAUCAACAGUGGGACGGGGCAAUGCAUCCCAAGUCAUUGACCUUAUCCUAAAGAGCAUCCACGAGGAGUGGAAUACCCUAGACGAGACGCGACGGGCAGAGCUCCGGGCCAAGUUCCACGAACGGAAGAAAUACGGCAAGCGCUGGUCUCAGCUUACGGAUGCCCUGGGCCCGGGGAUUCUGCUGAUCUGCUCGACGAAACUGGCCAGUGCUGUAAGGGGCACGGCCGUCACGGCAAGGAUGCUCGACGCGGUAAUAGAACGUUUUGAUCGAAUGGACCCGGCCAUGGUCAAGGUAACCAGCAUAGUCAGUCCGCUUGCUGCGGCUCUUCUGGAAAAUAAGGGAUUUGCCGAGUUUGAGACGGCUACCAUGAUGCACCAGAUCCAGUCUGCCUGUCCCAGGGUGUUUGAGUGA